AAAAAAGGAAAACUUGUCUAAGCAGACAGAUGGGAAAGGAAGGGCAGAGAAAACAAACAAAAGGAGAGAAAAGCAAAAUCAAAAUCAAAACAACAACUGCACAAAAGUGAUAAGCAUGGCUUCUAGGGACAAAAGAAGAGAGUCUCUGGAACAGACUUUGCAACAACUUCGCGAUGUCACAAACUCAACUGCUCUGAACAAAGCUUCAAUCAUUGCAGAUGCCUCAAAAUACAUAGAGGAGUUGAAACAAAAAGUGGAGGGACUGAACUCAGAGCUGGGGAUCACUGAAUCAUCAUCAAACUCUCAAAUUGAUGAACUACCUGCGGUAACUGUGAAAACCCUAAAGAAGGGUUUCCUCAUUAACGUGCUUUUAGAGAAGAAUAGUCCUGGUAUGCUCGUGUCUGUACUCGAAGCCUUCGAAGAACUUGGCCUUGAUGUGCUUGAUGCUAGGGUUUCUUGUGAAGACAGUUUCCAGCUAGAAGCUGUGGGAAGAGAAAGUCACAAGAACGACAGUGUUGACGCGCAAGUGGUAAAGCAAGCAGUGUUGCAAGCAAUCAAGAAGGAGGACUAAUUAAUGAAAGCACACGGAUUAGAAAAACGAAACAAAAAAAAAAAACAAGUACCGUUUUUGUCUUUAACCUUUAAAAUUUGCACAUGAACUCAAAGAAUUGGUGAUUUCAUGUUCUGCCAAAACCUCACGAGGUACCUCUUCAAUGACCCUUACGUAUUGAUAUGGCUUAUCAACAUCUUCUUGGAUAAUGGGAAAUGAAUGAAUGGACAUGCAUCGUCCAACUUUAUAUAUA